AUGCUACCUAUUACCGAAGUGGCGGAAAGGACUGAGAGAGCGACCAGCCCUACACUUAAGCCCGGGGCGGGCGCAGGAAGUUGUUCUGUACGAAGAGGUCACAGCCGCUUCCCCUUCUGCCCUCACCCGGGAGCGAGCGGCACACCGAGGCUCAAAUGCAGGCCCGGCAGGGGUCGCUGCCGCCCAGGAAGAGAGACCCAGCGAGCGUGCCUGGCCCUCUCAACAUGGCUGCUUUCCUUUUGUUUCGUGCAUCUGCUCUGCCUGGACUUCACCGUGGCCGAGAAGGAGGAAUGGUACACCGCCUUCGUAAACGUCACCUACGCCGAGCCCGCGCCGGACCCAGCGGCCGGCGGCGCCGAGCUACGCACUGAGAAGUCCGAGUGCGGGCGCUACGGGGAGUACUCGCCCAAGCAGGACGCCCGCGGGGAGGUGGUCAUGGCAAGCUCGGCCCACGACCGCCUGGCCUGCGACCCCAGCACCAGGUUCGCCGCGCCGACCCAGGGCAAGAGCUGGAUCGCCCUCAUCCCCAGGGGCAACUGCACGUACAGGGAUAAAAUCCGGAACGCGUUCCUGCAGAACGCCUCUGCCGUGGUCAUCUUCAACGUGGGCUCCAACACCAACGAGACCAUCACCAUGCCCGACGCAGGUGUAGAAGACAUUGUGGCCAUCAUGAUUCCUGAGCCCAAAGGGAAGGAGAUCGUCAGCCUGCUGGAAAGGAACAUCACCGUGACGAUGUACAUCACCAUCGGAACCCGGAACUUACAGAAAUACGUGAGCCGCACCUCGGUUGUGUUUGUCUCCAUCUCCUUCAUUGUCCUGAUGAUCAUUUCCCUCGCAUGGCUGGUCUUUUAUUAUAUCCAGAGGUUUCGAUAUGCAAAUGCCAGGGACAGGAACCAGCGCCGACUUGGAGAUGCAGCGAAGAAAGCCAUCAGCAAGCUGCAGGUCAGGACCAUCAAGAAGGGCGACAAGGAAACAGAGUCUGAUUUUGACAACUGUGCAGUGUGCAUCGAAGGGUACAAGCCCAACGACCUGGUCAGGAUCCUGCCCUGCCGGCAUCUUUUCCACAAGUCCUGUGUUGACCCCUGGCUUCUAGACCAUCGUACCUGUCCCAUGUGCAAGAUGAACAUUCUUAAAGCCCUAGGGAUCCCGCCCAAUGCUGACUGCAUGGACGACCUGCCCACGGACUUUGAGGGCUCCCUGGGAGGUCCCCCAACCAACCAGAUCACAGGCGCAAGUGACACGACGGUAAACGAGAGCUCAGUCACUUUGGACCCUGCUGUCCGGACUGUGGGAGCCUUGCAGGUGGUCCAGGACACAGACCCCACGCCCCAGGAGGGAGAAGUCAUCUUUACUACUAACAGUGAACAGGAGCCUGCUGUGAGCAGCGAUUCUGACAUCUCGUUGAUUAUGGCCAUGGAGGUGGGGCUCUCGGACAUGGAACUUUCCACUGACCAAGACUGCGAAGAGGUGAAAUCUUGAAGUGGCAAUGCAGAGGAGACAGACAGGACCCGAGGGGACAGGGAGGAGUGCUCCAAGACUCGAACGGGCACGCACACUGCAGAACACCUGGGAACUCCGGGCACUAUGUUCAGGAUGGUAAUGAAAAGCGAUAUCCAAAGUCUCCUUUAUCGGGAUGCGGUUCUCCCACCUCCACGGCAGUCUACGGCCUGUGCAGAUCAGCAGCUGAAUGCUGCUUUCCCGUCCAUGUUCUUACACACUUGUAUUUCAGAAGCUCCUGGGACAGACUGAAAGCGAGCCCCUAGGGUUUAAUUUUAUUUCAAUUUUUCCAGGUCUUAUUGUUCUCGUUUUGGGGGAGACUAAUUCUUUGUUUGAAUUUCUUUUUAAAGACUGUACAGUUUACAUCUGCUCCUCCUGCUUCUCCUCUGGGUCACUCACGCUCUCCUGUAGCGUUCUGUGGAAAAACACCGGUUCCUGCUAUGAUCAGUCUGUACAACAUCCCUGAGAUUUGUGGUUUUGGCCUCUCCGCAUGACGCGUGCAUGGCUUGGAGAAGUGCCUCUGCACCUUGAAACAGUGUAAGGCCAGCUUUCAUUCACAGCUGAAAUUCUUUGAAAUGGGUGUUGAAAAAUUCCAAACACCAGAGAGCCUAACACCAAGUCCUAAGUCUGCUGAGGUCAUGACUCGUAUUUUAAGCUACAUCACACUGGCUUUGAUUUGCCAGGCUCUGUGAAGGGUCCACCACUACAUGAGAAGGGGUUCCGGGGAAGGACUUCAGCUCAGCUACCUCUUGGAGUCUGUGGCUGAAAUUCUGAACUCAAAAGUAUCCUCCCAGGCAGAAACAACAAUCUCCAGGAGCAGUGCCUAGGGCGGCCAGCCUCUGAGGCUUUAGGAAAAAUGGAAUCAUGUUUGAGCCCAGGGAUUAAAUACAGUGGGGGCUAUAGUCACACCUCGCUUUACCUUAGUUCCCAUACCUUAAGUCAAGCCUCCCCAGACCGUGCGGAAGGGUUCAGGUGAAUCCUUAGCAGUUUACUUCUCAGGGCUUCCCGAGUGUUCAGAAACCGAGAGAGGAAUGAGGUGGGAUUUGCUAAGUCACUGGAACCGAAAAGUACAGCAUGGGAAUUUGCUGAAUCAACUUUAUCCGACUGAGAGGGGGAAAUGGGGAAACGAGGUACCCAAUGAAUAUAGAAAUCCACCUGUACUUUUUAAACUGUUGAUUUUUUUUUUUUUUGUAAUGAUGAUAGAGAUGUGCUAUUUUUCCAGGAGGUGAUUUUGUAAGGCAUUCUGACUCUGCAGUUGUGGGGGUGCCUCAGGCAGUGACCUGUGUCUGGACGGUCAGGUGGGUUACCUUAGCAUCUCUAAACAGCUGGCACAGGCCAUGCCGCUGCUUGGAUUAACCAUGAAAGAAAGCUUUGCUCGCUGAGCUGUAUUUACGUGUUUGAUGAGAGCUUUUCCGCCUCAUUACACUAAUACUUACUCAAACAUGGUGCUUGGUUCCACUGUAAACCCCCUGCUGUCUGCUGAAACGUGGCAUGUGGGUCACAGGAGGACACUGGCUGCCCUUUUUACUGCCACCCAGAUGAUUUCCUGGAAUGAAAUUCAGUCUCUGAGGAUAAGCGGGCAGGGAGGAGAGGACCAAAGCCACACCCUCAGGAGGCCUCAGUUUCUCUGUCAAGUUAAGGGUUCCCACAGCUCCCUCAGACUUCAGGGUCACAGAUGACUACUCUGCCAGUGGGAUCUGCCCUUGCAGGUAGCAGAUUUCAUAGCUGGGGGAGGCAGAGCGAGGCCUUUGUGUGCAUCUUGGCUUGCCCGUUUCGCUGACAAUGAACACAUCUGAAUGAUUCCAUUUUUAAAUCCAAGUAGGAGUUGGUUUGUUCUGCCUCGUUUCAAAGCUGCUGGUAAGAGUUUCCGGACACCUUCAAAGCCUGGUUCUUGGUGUGGCAUUCUCAAUCUCACAAGUGUUUCUCUCUCUCAGUCAGCUUUGGCCCUCACCCGCCUCCUUCUCCUUUAGUCAGCUCUGCCCCCAAGCAGAUGUAGUUAUUAAUGGAAUUAGGAUAAUUCAACAGCAAACGGAAUAUGAACUGUGUUCCAUACUCAAAGAGAAAAGGUCCUUUGAAUUGGACUGCCUUCUGUUUGAGGAGAUAUUUUCUCUUCCUGCUAAUGGCCAGGUAAAUCCGGAAUUAGUUGCCACUCUAUAGGAUUUGUAGAUGACAAGGGGCCCAAGAGCCCUGAGGCCUGUGGAUCUCACCCCAUGAAGGUCCCACUGCAAAACCCUGAGCGUGUGAGACUUUUCCCUUACCAGAAGGUUUUGCUAUGGCCUUGGUCAUUAAAGAAAAAUAUUUUUUUAAUCAGAAAGUUUCCCUUUCAAAAGAAAUGGAGAAGCCCUUCUCUGUAGCCUUCUUUGCCACCUCCCCCAAAGACAAUUUUUCUGUGUGACCUGGAGAACCGUUGGUGCACACGUGAGUGUCCAAGGAUGUGUAACCCAGGGUUUCACACUGCGUGUAUAAGGGUCUAAGCCAACACUGUCCAACAGAAAUACAAUGCAAGCGAUAUAUGUCAUUUUAAGUCUUCUAUUAGCCGCAUUGUAAGACGUGAAAAGAAACAGGUAACAUAAUUUUAAUAAUAUAUUUUAUUUAACCCAAUACACUCUUAUUUCAGCAUGUAAUGGAUGGAAAAGUGCUAAGGAGAUGUCCUCCACUCCCUUUGUACCAGUGUUUCUCACAGCACAUCUCAUUUUGGACUUGUAAGCACUAGACAGCCCCGGGAGUCUGGUCGCUACCCAUCAGGUAGCACAGGUCUAGCGCUCCUCCAGUCUUCUCGCAAGAACCCCUGGGCCUCACAGAAGAAAAAGGCUGAGACUCUAAUGACAUCCAGAGAGGUCAGACACCAUCCAAGUUACCUAGUGAGAGGGCCAGAGAUCCGCUUCUUUUGUAAUGAAUAAAGACUCAAGCAGCCCUUUUUCAAAUUUCUGAUUGAACCUUGUAACCACUGCUGUCCACUCUCAUUGAUUUUAUUUCUCUUACUUGCUGUCUUUCCAAAAGUCACACAAACCAUGCUGAUCUGGUGCUGAAACAGAGUUCUGCUGACUCCUGUGACAAGCCCUUAGGCUGAUACCUGGCACUGUAGGAGCCAAAGAGUUCCAGACUGAAGUCAUCCAAUUUUACCUCAAGCCCUGAUUCUUCCUUAAGGUUGGCAGGUCUGUGCUCAGACCCAAGUUCCCUAACCCCAUAUUCCAGGUAGAACACAAGAAUUUGGAAGGAAAGACUAAGACACUAUAUAUUGACACCAAAUACAAGAUUUUGUGUGGCCUUACUAAGAAUGAACCUUUGGGGUUUAUGACCGUCAGCCUCCAGCUGGUGCAUUACAGCCCCUGCAACGGCCGGCAUUCUGCUCUCCAGCAGCAUUGCCCAACUGUGGAGAAGAAAAAUAUUUACAUUCACUCAGAAUAAUUGAGAGUCACCUUUAGAAUAAUUGAGAGCCUCCUGUGUGGCUAGUCCACUGGAAAAGCUGAGCACUGAUUAUUGAUAAAUACAGCUUUUGAGUACUGAUUACUCUCCAGGAUUUGGACACCCCUGUGGAUCACCCCUGGUCAUCCAGACAAGGGUGACGAUAGAGGGCUUGGAGAAGCCAGAACUAUAAGAGCAGCAAAGGCAUUUCACUCUUUUGACACCAUAUGGUCAUUCCUGCUCGUGACUAUGAGACAGGUCUUCAUCCUUUUUUUUUUUUUUUUUUUUUUGGAGUUUGCGAUUUUCUUGUGUUUUGGGCAUUUCUUUACGUGGUGAAGCAUCUGUACACAGUCUCAGCCUACCAGCUGUCACAGCAGCAGUCAGAUGCCCCCUGGCAUCUGAUUCAGUCCCUUGCCUGAUGUCCUUGUGGCGACCACACCUCCAAAUCCCAAAUGAUGGCAAGUGAUCCAACAGAAUCCUUUGUGAGUUUUAACACAGGCAGAAAACUCUUAGAGCAUGAGAAUUUAGUACCAUUUGAUCAUCCACCGAAUACAUCUCUGUGACCAAACACAAAGAAAUCUCACUGAAUCUAAACUCUUUCAGAAGGGCCGGGACGCAGGCACAGUGUGAUAGCACUCAGGUGGCUGAAGCAGGAGGACUAAUGUGAGUUCAAGGACAGCCAGGAUGACGUAGUGAGUU